GAUCCAGACAUAGCAAGAUGAUCUCCCAGGCUCAGCUCAUCUGGCUGUUAGUGCUCUGGAUCCAAGACUCCAGUGGGCAGAUUGUGGUGACUCAGACUCCAGAAUCCCUGGUAGUGUCUCCAGGAGAGAGAGUCACCAUCAACUGCAAAGCCAGUUCCAGCACAGGCAACCAUUUAACCUGGUACCAACAGAAAUCGGGACAAGCUCCUAAGCUUCUUAUUUAUCAUGGCUCUACCCUCGCCUCUGGAGUCCCAGCCCGGUUUAGUGGCAGUCAGUCUGGGAGUGGCUACACUGAUUACACUCUCACCAUCAGCAGUGCUGAAAUUGAAGAUGCAGGAGAUUACUACUGCCAGCAGAGUUAUAGCUCCCCUCUCACAGUGAUACAGACUCAUACAAAAACCUCCCUGCCAUACUCCAAUGGGCAGAUAGUGCUGACUCAGACUCCAGAAUCCCUCUCAGUGUCUCCAGGAGACAGAGUCACCAUCAACUGCAAAGCCAGUUCCAGUGCUUCUAGCAGAAUGGCCUGGUACCAACAGAAAUCAGGACAAGCUCCUAAACUCCUUAUCCACAGCACUUCCACCCGUCCCUCUGGGAUCCCAGACCGUUUCAGUGGCACUGAAUCGGGCACUGAUUUCACAUUCACAAUCAGCAGAGUGGAAGCAGACGAUGCUGGAGAUUAUUACUGUCAGCAGCAUUACAGCACCCCUCUCACACAGUGA